CCGGCCGGCGUCUUAGUACCGCGUUGAACCCGAGACGGCUCGGAAGCUGUCGCCCUCGAUCGAGCAAACGAUUCGCGCGUUUCGAUGCGUUGCGGCAGGCAAACAAGUCGAUUAGGGGGAAACCACCCGACAUGGGAAUAACAACGAUUGCAAGCUCGUUUGUGCCGGUGGCUCUCCUGCUGUGCGUGGUCGCUGCCAACAAUAGUGGCUGUCCAGCUGGUAAGGGCAUCUGUGUGCAGAAUAAGUACUGUCUCGCCCAGAGCAGUAGCCAAGGGAAGCGCCACAAGUGUUUUCUAGAGAAUAAACAGCGUGGUGUAUGUUGCGAUAGAAGAGAUACUACUCUGCAUAGGAACUGUACCACUAUUGCGACGACUGGACCGGGAACCUGCUUACCAGAAGAGCAAUGUGGAAAAUUCACAAGAGAUUUCUUGCUGAACCGUAAGGACAUCACAAGAAACAACCAGUGGAAGAAUCCUGCGGGAUUAUGCUACCAAGAGAACCGUAAGAACUAUUACUGCUGUCCGCUGGAAUUGCAAAACCUGGUUUCAGAAGUAACGCCAACGAAGAUUCCUCAGUCGUGGAAUGAUAACGCUUUCCCAACAUGCAAGACAAAAAAAAAUAAAUCCGGUCGAUGCGUUCCGUUGCGCCUCUGCGACGAAUUCCAUGCCCGAGUGAUCAAACGGAACCCCUUCCUCCGGUAUGAAAAUCUCCCUUCGCACUACAAAUGCCUCUCGGAUACCCCGGACAGUACUUCUAUAUGCUGCGCAGAUCCCGCGGCACCAGAUGCCUUGAUCAGACAUGCCAAAGCAAAGAAACUGUUUCCCGAUAAAUGCGGUACCGUGUCACUGGAGGAUCGCAUACUGGAAGGGACGCAAGCUGUCCUUGGAGAGUUUCCGUGGAUGGCCAAUCUGAUGUACCACCGGGGGCGUACGAAAACUACACUCUGCAGCGGCUCAUUGAUCCAUCAACAAUAUGUUCUGACUGCAGCUCACUGCUCCAAACCGGGGAGCACCCCUUUUGCUGUUCGACUGGGGGAACAUGACCUGAGCAAUGUCAUCGACUGCGUGGGGAAGAAUUGCACACAGAAGAUCAGAGAAUAUGCGAUCGCUAGGUGGAUUCCACACAUGCAAUACAACAAACACUUGAAAGGUUCGUACGAUAUCGCUUUGGUAAAGCUCGACAGACCAGCCCUGAUCAUACCCGGGCAAAUAUAUCCCAUCUGUCUUCCCAUAACGGAGCAGUGGCUGAUGAUGAAGCCCGCGAAACUGGUUGCAUCCGGAUGGGGCCUUACGAGCAACGACAUUUUCCCUGACAUUUUAAUGCAAACAACGCUGCAGAUUUUAGAGAAACGGCCGAACUAUUGCAAAGCGGAGCAAAUGAUCUGCGCCAGAGGUGCCAAUAAAGAAGGGCAUUGCGCUGGUGACUCGGGAGGACCUCUGCAGCAAAUCGUGCAGAACGGUAAACGGUUCCGUAUGGUGCUCUUCGGGGUGAUCUCGGCCGGGGCCAAAAGCUGCUCUGUGGAUGACACUGCGGCGGGAUUGUCUGUUCUUGUGGGAUAUCACAUGCAGUGGAUACUCGAUCAUAUGGACAUUUAGCGUCUAAAAUAAAAGUCUAAUAUAAAGAUAACAAUGAAAAGAGCACGACUUGUGCAAAGGUGGGAACAUGGCUCUUUUGGUUUUUUACAGCGGCUGAAUUGUGCAUUAAUAAACCAAAUAUCUUUAUAUUUUUUGAUCCUAUUAUUUUAUGACAAUAAAGCAUUUGAGGAAAAAUUGUA